CGCCGCCCUGGAGCCACCGCCCCCUCGCCGCUUGGCCGCUGCGUGGGGACCCGGACCGCGGCGGCUCCGGGUUACCCUGAUGAUCCCCGGCUGGCGGCGGCGGCCGAAGCGGAGGGAGGAUGACCGCUCCCCGGGAGCGGAGUGCCGACCUGGCUCGUUUCUACACUGUCACAGAACCCCAGCGACACCCGAGGGGCUACACGGUGUAUAAGGUCACCGCCCGGGUUGUUUCACGAAGAAAUCCAGAGGAUGUCCAGGAGAUAAUCGUAUGGAAGCGAUAUAGUGAUUUUAAGAAACUGCACAAAGAACUAUGGCAAAUUCACAAAAACUUGUUCCGACAUUCAGAAUUGUUCCCUCCGUUUGCUAAAGGAAAAGUGUUUGGGCGAUUUGACGAAACUGUUAUUGAAGAGAGAAGACAGUGUGCUGAAGACCUGCUACAGUUCUCUGCCAAUAUUCCAGCUCUUUACAACAGUAAACAGCUUGAAGAUUUUUUUAAGGGUGGAAUAAUUAAUGAUGGUUCUGAAUUAAUUGGUCCUGCUGAAGCUCACUCAGACUCCCUCACUGAUACCUUUCCUGAGUAUAGUACAGAAGGCUUCUCCAGUGACAGUGAUCUGAUAUCUCUUACUGUUGAUGUGGAUUCUCUUGCCGAGUUAGAUGAUGGAAUGGCUUCCAAUCAAAAUUCUCCCAGUAGAACUUUUGGUCUCAAUCUCUCUUCGGAUUCCUCAGCAUUAGGGGCUGUUGCUUCUGACAGUGAACAGAACAAAACAGAAGAAGAACGGGAAAGUCGUAGCCUCUUUCCUGGCAGUUUAAAAUCUAAGCUUGGCAAGAGAGAUUAUUUGGAGAAAGCAGGAGAAUUAAUAAAGCUGGCUUUGAAAAAGGAAGAGGAAGACGACUAUGAAGCUGCUUCUGAAUUUUAUAGGAAGGGAGUUGAUUUACUCCUAGAAGGUGUUCAAGGAGAGUCAAGCCCUACUCGCCGAGAAGCUGUGAAGAGAAGAACAGCGGAGUAUCUCAUGAGGGCAGAAAGUAUCUCCAGCCUUUAUGGAAAGCCGCAGCUGGAUGAUGCAUCUCAGCCUCCAGGAUCACUAAGUUCAAGGCCCCCUUGGAACCUAAGGAGCCCUGCCGAGGAGCUGAAGGCCUUCAGAGUCCUUGGGGUGAUUGACAAGGUUUUACUUGUAAUGGACACAAGGACAGAACAGACAUUCAUUUUAAAAGGUCUAAGGAAAAGCAGUGAAUACAGCAGGAACAGAAAGACCAUCAUCCCCCGCUGUGUGCCCAACAUGGUGUGUCUGCACAAGUACAUCAUCUCUGAGGAGUCCGUAUUUCUUGUGCUGCAGCAUGCAGAAGGUGGCAAACUCUGGUCAUAUAUCAGUAAAUUUCUAAACAGAAGUCCUGAAGAAAGCUUUGACAUUAAGGAAGUGAAAAAGUCCACACUUACUGAAGUUCACCGGCAGCAGCCAACUUGUAGUCCUCAGGACAGUGGCAGCUUUGAAUCCAGAGGAAGUGAUGGGGGAAGCACACUUAAAGUUCUGCCUCUGAAGACUAGUCUUACUCCAAGUUCUCAAGAUGAUAGCAACCAGGAAGAUGAAGGCCAAGACAGCUCUCCAAAAUGGUCAGAUUCCGGCUCAAGUUCAGAAGAAGAAUGCACUACUAGUUAUUUAACAUUAUGCAAUGAAUAUGGGCAAGAAAAGAUUGAACCAGGGUCUUUGAACGAGGAGCCUCUCAUGAAGACUGAAGGGAAUGACAUUGAUACCAAAGCCAGUAGGAGCUUUCCAGCACAUCUUGCUGCUGAGAGUGACAGCCCUAGCACUCAGCUGAGAGCCCACGACCUGAAGUUCUUCCCUGGAGAUGAGGACCCAGAAGCAGUUUGUUCUCCAAGAACCUCUGAUUCCCUCAGUAGAUCAAAAAAUAGCCCCAUGGAGUUCUUUAGGAUAGACAGUAAGGAUAGCACAAGUGAACUCCUGGGACUUGAUUUUGGAGAAAAACUGUGUAGUCUAAAAUCAGAACCUUUGAAACCAUUCUUUACUCUUCCAGAUGGGGACAGCACUUCUAAGAGUUUUAAUUCCAUUGAGAACAAGGUAGAGUUCAAAGCUCAGGACACCAUUAGCAGGGGCUCAGAUGACUCAGUCCCAGUUAUUUCCUUUAAGGAUGCUGCUUUUGAUGAUGUCAGUGGUACUGAUGAAGGAAGACCCGAUCUUCUUGUAAAUCUCCCUGGUGAACUGGAGCCAACAAAAGAAGCUGCUGGAACGGGACCUACUAAGUUUACACAGACUAAUGUGGGCAUGGUAGAAAGCAAACUGUUGGAAGCCCCGGAUGUGUUGUGCCUCAGGCUUAGUACUGAACAGUGCCAGGCCCCUGAAGAAAAAGGCACAGAGGGACUGAGUGAUCACUCUAGGCCCAAGCCCUGUAGUAUAACCGAGACACACUAUGCGCAGGAGGAUCUUGGGGUGUUAUUUGUAGCAGCUGUUGAUCGUAGUAGUUCAGGGGACCUGCCUUUGUUACCCAGCUCAGAUGCUGAGUUGCAAGGACUUCGAGUGGCGGAGUUGGCAUUAACUGCAAACACCACAGAAGAAAGCUUAUUCUGUAUCUCUAAUCCCCUCUCAGGUGCUAAUGAAUACAAUGCAAACACAGACACUUUAAAAACAGAGGAAGUAUUGCUGUUUACAGAUCAAGCUGAUGAUUUGGCUAAAGAGGAAUCUACUUGUUUAUUCCAGAGAGACUCUGAGAGGAAGGGAGAAAGUAUGUUAGCACUAGAAGGAGACAAGGAAAUCCAUCAGAUUUUUGAGGACCUUGAUAAAAAAUUAGCACUGAACUCCAGGUUUUACAUCCCAGAGGGCUGCAUUCAAAGAUGGGCAGCUGAAAUGGUGGUAGCCCUUGAUGCUUUACAUAGAGAGGGAAUUGUGUGCCGCGAUUUGAACCCAAACAACAUCUUAUUGAAUGAUAGAGGACACAUUCAGCUAACGUAUUUUAGCAGGUGGAGUGAGGUUGAAGAUUCCUGUGACAGCGAUGCCAUAGAGAGAAUGUACUGUGCCCCAGAGGUUGGAGCAAUCACAGAAGAAACUGAAGCCUGUGAUUGGUGGAGUUUGGGUGCUGUCCUCUUUGAACUUCUCACUGGCAAGACUUUGGUUGAGUGCCAUCCAGCAGGAAUAAAUACCCACACUACUUUAAACAUGCCAGAAUGUGUCUCUGAAGAGGCUCGCUCACUCAUUCAACAGCUCUUGCAGUUCAACCCUCUGGAACGUCUGGGUGCUGGUGUUGCUGGUGUUGAAGAUAUCAAAUCGCAUCCAUUUUUUACCCCUGUGGAUUGGGCAGAAGUGAUGAGAUGAACACAUGCAGGAUGUUUUUCACACAUUGUGAUCUUCUCUGUAAUAGGCAUCUCCAGCACAAAAGCAGUCUCGCUCAUUUAUGGAGCACCAAAGCAUUGGAUAAAGACCUUUAUUAGGAAAUCAGGGGGAAGAGCCAGGGUAAAAGUGAUUCAUUUACAGUUACCACCUGGACAAGAUAUUAGCUAAUUUUGUCAGUGGGUAUUAUAUACAUGCCUUUAACCAAGGUAUGAAUUAAUUUAAUCUACAUUUAGGAUUGCAGUGCAUUGCAGACCCAACUGAAAUAGGAAUGUCCUUCAAGAAGUUCCUCUGAUUCAAAGCUCUACAUGUAGGAUUUUACUUGAAAGAAGUACCUUUACAUGGCAGCUAAGAAUGCCUUCUGCUAACCAGAUUGGUUUCUAAGACCCAAUUAAUAUUUACUGAAUAAUACACUAAAAGUGCUUCAUGAACAGUGUCACCCGUGGGCUUAAAAAUAGGAAAAAAAUUAUAUAUGUGGAAUGUCUGAAAGGGAGCCUGUACCAUAAUGCUAUAUAGUUAAUGCAUUUGACUGUGGUCCCAGAUUAUUUCUGUGAGGAGAAGACACUUCAUGUUGUGAGCUUUGAACUUUUUUGGUUAAUACUGCUCAUUAGAGAGGGUUCAGAUAAACACUCACUUCUCUCUCAACCUCAUCUUCCCCCGUCUUCCCAUUCCUGCACCUUUUGCUUAUUCUCUCAUAUUCUGUUCUUCCUACUCUUUUUAACACACGUGCAACAAAAAAGGGAAGGGAGUAUUUAUUCCCCAAAUUGUGUCAACAUAAUAAGAACUAAGAAAUCAUGAUAUAAAAUAAAUGUGAUAAAAAUGUA